AUGGAGCACCUAGGUCCGCACCACCUCCACCCGGGCCACGCGGAGCCCAUCAGCUUCGGCAUCGACCAGAUCCUCAACAGCCCGGACCAGAGUGGCUGCAUGGGGCCUGCUUCGCGCCUUCAGGACGGAGAAUAUGGCCUUGGCUGUUUGGUCGGAGGCGCCUACACCUACGGCGGGGGCUCCGCGGCCGGAGCGGGGACCGGGGGCGCGGGAGCCUAUGGCGCUGGUCCCGGUCCGGGCGGCGGCGGCGGAGGAGGAGGUGGCGGCGGCGGCGGGGCUGCGCUGAGCGCUGCGGGAGUGAUCCGGGUCCCGGCGCACAGGCCACUGGCUGGAGCCGUGGCCCACUCCCAGCCUCUGGCCGCCGGCUUGCCCACCGUGCCCUCUGUGCCUGCCGUGCCGGGCGUCAACAACCUCACCGGCCUCACCUUCCCCUGGAUGGAGAGUAACCGCAGAUACACAAAGGACAGGUUCACAGGUCACCCCUAUCAGAACCGGACGCCCCCCAAGAAGAAGAAGCCGCGCACGUCCUUCACGCGCCUGCAGAUCUGCGAGCUGGAGAAGCGCUUCCACCGCCAGAAGUACCUGGCCUCGGCCGAGCGCGCCGCCCUGGCCAAGGCGCUCAAAAUGACCGACGCGCAGGUCAAAACCUGGUUCCAGAACCGACGGACGAAGUGGAGACGGCAGACCGCGGAGGAGCGUGAGGCUGAGAGGCAGCAGGCGAACCGCAUCCUCCUGCAGCUGCAGCAGGAAGCCUUCCAGAAGAGCCUGGCUCAGCCGCUGCCUGCAGACCCACUGUGCGUGCACAACUCGUCGCUCUUCGCCCUGCAGAACCUGCAGCCGUGGUCUGACGACUCGACCAAGAUCACUAGCGUCACGUCCGUGGCGUCGGCCUGCGAGUGA